GAUGGUGCUGGAGUCGGUGGUCGCCGACCUGCUGAACCGCUUCCUGGGCGACUAUGUGGAGAACCUGAACAAGUCUCAGCUGAAGCUGGGCAUUUGGGGCGGUAAUGUGGCUUUAGAUAAUCUACAGAUAAAAGAAAAUGCUCUGAGUGAACUAGACGUUCCUUUUAAAGUCAAAGCUGGCCAAAUUGAUAAGUUAACGUUGAAGAUUCCUUGGAAGAACCUUUAUGGAGAAGCGGUUGUUGCAACCCUAGAAGGACUAUAUCUGCUUGUUGUCCCUGGAGCAAGUAUUAAAUAUGAUGCUGAAAAAGAAGAAAAAGCUUUACAGGAUAUUAAACAGAAAGAGCUAUCUCGAAUUGAAGAAGCCCUUCAGAAAGCAGCAGAGAAAGGCGCGCAUUCAGGGGAGUUCAUAUAUGGCUUGGAAAACUUUGUUUACAAGGACAUCAGGCCUGGACGUAAACGUAAAAAGCACAAAAAACAUUUUAAGAAACCUUUUAAAGGUCAUGAUCGCUCAAAAGAUAAGCCAAAAGAAACCAAAAAGGAUACGUUCUUGGAAAAACUGGCCACUCAAGUAAUAAAAAAUUUACAAGUGAAAAUCACGGACAUUCACAUUAAGUAUGAAGAUGAUGUCACCGAUCCAAAGAGGCCUCUUACUGCAAAUGAACACUGGACUCCAUGCAUACUAAAUGAAGCAGACAAAAUUAUAUACAAGCUUCUACGACUUGAUAGUCUUAGUGCCUACUGGAAUGUAAACUGCCACCUGUGUUACCAGGGAACAAGAGAACAGAUCUUGGAUCAGCUAAAAAGUGGAAUUCUUAGAAGUUGCAAUAGACCCUCACAUCAUCAAUGUAGUAAGUACCUCAGUAUGAUGGACUUUUUGGAGUCAGUGGAUUAUAUGGUUAGAAAUGCCCCUUACAGGAAAUAUAAGCCUUAUUUACCACUUCAUAAAAAUUGUCGACAAUGGUGGAAAUAUGCAAUUGAUUCUGUUCUUGAGGUUCAUAUAAGAAGGUAUACCCAGAUGUGGUCUUGGAGUCACAUAAAAAAGCAUAGGCAGUUGCUCAAGAAUUAUAAAAACGUCUACAAAAACAAACUAACUCAGAGUAAAGUUUCAGAGGAAACGCAGAAACAAAUUCAGGACUUGGAGAAGACCCUUGAUGUUUUUAACAUAAUUUUAGCAAGGCAACAAACACAAGUUGAGGUGAUUCGAUCUGGACAAAAAUUAAGGAAAAAAUCUACUGAUACAGGCGAGAAACGUGGAGGCUGGUUUAGUGGGUUUUGGGGUAAGAAGGAAUCUAAGAAAAAGGAUGAAGAAGACUCUUUGAUUCCUGAAACUUUUGAUGACCUGAUGACCCCAGAGGAGAAAGCCAAGCUCUUCACUGCAAUUGGUUACAGUGAGAGCACUCACAACCUAACCUUGCCCAAGCAGUAUGUCGCCCAUAUAAUGACACUAAAGUUAAUAAGUACGUCUAUUACAAUAAGAGAAAAAGAAAACAUUCCAGAAAUACUAAAAAUCCAGAUAAUUGGUUUAGGAACGCAAGUCUCUCAGCGACCGGGAGCACAAGCACUGAAGAUAGAAGCAAAAUUAGAACUCUGGUAUAUAACAGGUCUGAAACAGCAAAAUACUGUACCAUCACUUGUGACUUCCAUUGGCGAUACUGCUUCUUCCCUGCUUCAAAUCCAGUUUGAGACCAAUCCAGAGCAUAGUCCUGCUGACCAGACUCUGGUGGUUCAGUCCCAGCCUGUGGAGGUGACCUAUGAUGCUAAAACCAUUAAUGCAGUUGUUGAAUUCUUUCAAUCAAACAAAGGAUUAGAUCUUGAGCAAAUAACGUCAGCUACAUUGAUGAAGCUGGAAGAAAUUAGAGAGAGAACAGCCACAGGACUUACCCAUAUAAUUGAAACUCGGAAAGUUCUUGACUUAAGGAUAAAUUUGAAACCUUCGUAUCUAAUAGUUCCACAGACGGGCUUCUACCAUGAACAAACAAAUCUUCUUAUAUUAGAUUUUGGUACAUUUCAGCUCAACAGUAAAGAUCAAAGUUUGCAGCAGACUGGCAAUUCAUCUCUGGAAGAAAUAAUGGAUAAGGCAUAUGACAAGUAUGAUGUUGAAAUAAAAAGUGUGCAACUACUCUUUGCAAGAGCAGAGGAAAACUGGAAAAAGUAUCGAUUUCAGCAUCCAUCAACUAUGCAUAUAUUACAACCUAUGGACAUUCAUGUUGAGUUGGCCAAGGCAAUGGUGGAAAAAGACAGUAGAAUGUCUAGAUUCAAAGUGUCAGGAGGGCUUCCUUUGAUGCACGUGAGAAUUUCUGACCAGAAGAUGAAAGAUGUGCUCUACCUGAUUAACAGCAUAACCUUGCCACAGAAAUCACCUUCGCAGUCUCCAGAGAAACAGAUAUCCUCAAUUCCUAUUAUUUCUGAUGGGACCAAAGGUCUACUGGAUACUUCACUAUUACUUGAUGUAGUGGAAUCAGAGUCUGAGGACGAGUAUUUUGAUGCUGAAGAAGGAGACUCUCAGGUGGGGAAGGGUGGGAAAGGAUCAGAGUUAAAAAAAGCUGCAGAGCCUCCAAAUGAGGAACUCAUUCAUCUUCUGCUCAAGUUUGAAAUCAAAGAGGUGGUGUUGGAGUUCACCAAACAACAGCGACAGGAAGAGACAGUUCUAGUUCUCAGCGUCUCUCAGUUAGGGACCGAAGUGACAGUGAGAACGUUUGCCCUAGCUGCAGUGUCUUAUUUAAAGAGAAUCAGCUUGGAUCACCACGAAAUUCAAGGAUCCAAAAGGAAGCCCCUUCAUUUGAUCAGCUCUUCUGACAAACCUGGAUUAGAUCUUUUAAAGGUGGAGUAUGUUAAGGCUGAUAAGAAUGGACCUAGUUUCCAAACUACUUUUGAAAACACCGAACAAACAGUUAAGGUGGCCUUUUCCUCUUUAAGUUUGUUGCUACAAACACAGGCCCUUCUCUCUUCUAUCACAUACCUGACAAACAUGAUUCCGUCAGAUCAUCAAAACAUGGCUGAUGUCAAGGAGACACAAAUGUUAACUGAAAAGCAACAGAAAAAUUCAACUCCGCAAAAGGUGAUUGUACCCACUAAAGACAGUGGCGUCAUUGCCUUCCGUCUGUUUGCCAAGUUGAGUGCUUUCUGUGUCAUUGUUUGUGAUGAAAAGAGCAAUAUUGCUGAAAUCAAGAUCCAAGGCCUUGAUUCCUUUCUUUCUCUUCAAUCAAGAAAACAAUCACUAUUUGCCAGACUGGAAAAUAUUAUUGUCACAGAUGUUGAUCCUAAGACAGUUCAUAAAAACGCUGUCUCAAUAAUGGGAAAUGAAGUUUUUCGUUUCAACUUGGAUUUGUACCCAGAUGCUACUGAGGGGGAUUCCUAUUCUGACAUGUCCAAAGUAGAUGGUGUGGUAUCACUGAAUGUUGGCUGUAUUCAGAUUGUGUAUCUUCAUAAAUUCCUGAUGUCACUUCUGAACUUCAUGAACAAUUUUCAGGCAGCCAAAGAAGCGCUGAGUGCUGCCACGGCCCAAGCAGCAGAAAAGGCCGCCACGAGUGUGAAAGAUCUGGCCCAGAGGAGUUUCCGUGUUUCCCUCAAUAUUGAUUUAAAAGCACCGGUUAUAAUCAUCCCACAGUCUUCCAUGUCUGCCAAUGCAUUGGUGGUAGAUCUUGGCUUAAUCAGAGUUCAGAAUCACUUCAGUCUGGUAUCUGGUGAAGAUUGCUUAAAUCCACCAGUCAUUGAUAGGAUGGCUGUGCGUCUCACAAAGCUGAAACUCUCUAGGACAGUGAUCCAGCCAGGCAUCUCCUAUCCUGAUAUUCAGCUGUUGUACCCAAUUAACUUGGACUUCUCUAUAAAUCGGAAUCUAGCUGCAUCUUGGUACCACAAGUUACCUGUUGUAGAAAUUAAAGGACAACUUGAUUCAAUGAAUGUUAGUCUAAAUGAAGAAGAUCUUAAUCUUUUAUUUAAAAUACUAGCAGAAAAUCUUGGUGAAACUACUGAUGCCUUAGAUAGCAGGAGACCAGCAAAACAGGAGACAGGUGAAAAUAAAGAUAUUGAGAUCUCUACAUCACAACAGAAUGUAUAUGCUCCACAAGGCACUUUCCCAGUUGGAAUGGAAGAAAUCAACUCUAUAGACACCAUUAGUUUGCUGUUAAACUUUGAAAUCAAAGAGGUUGUCCUUACUUUGAUGAAAAAAGCAGAAAAGAAAGGAAGGCCUUUCCAUGAACUCAAUGUGCUGCAGCUUGGAAUGGAAGCUCGAGUUAAAACCUUCGAUAUGACUGCGAAAGCUUAUCUUAAAAAAAUCACCAUGCGUUGUUUUGAUUUCACUGAUGCGAAUGGAGGGCCUCUCCAUAUUAUUAACUCUUCUAAUGUAACUGAUGAGCCCCUUCUGAAAAUGUUACUGACAAAGGCAGACAGUGAUGGACCAGAAUUUAAAACCACUCACAACAAUACCAAACAGAAACUGAAGGUUUCAUUUUCAUCCUUAGACUUAGUACUUCAUCUGGAAGCUCUGCUCUCCAUUAUGGAUUUUCUAUCAUCUGCUGUUCCAUCUGCUGAACCUUCCUCCUCUGAGAAGGAAUCCGAGCUGAAACCACUUGUAGGGGAGUCCAGGAGCCUUGCUCUUAAAGCUGUGUCCAGCAGCGUUUCUCAAAGUGAUGUGUGUGAUCUAAGGAUCAUAGCUGAACUCAAUGCAUUUAAUAUCUUUGUGUGUGAUCAGAAGUGUAACAUUGCAGAUAUUAGAAUACAGGGAAUGGAUGCCUCUGUAUCUACAACAUCCAAGCAGACUGAUGUGUUUGCCAGGCUUAAGGAUAUCAUAGUAACAAAUGUUGAUUCACUCUCCAUUCAUAAAAAGGCUGUCUCUAUUUUGGGAGAUGAAGUUUUUAGAUUCCAAAUGACUCUCUAUCCCGGCACCACAGAAGGAAAGGCCUAUGCUGACAUGUCUAAAGUAGAUGGCAAACUGAGUCUCAAAGUGGGUUGUAUUCAAAUUAUUUAUGUUCAUAAAUUCUUCAUGUCACUUUUGAACUUCCUCAACAAUUUCCAAACUGCCAAAGAAGCGCUGAGUGCAGCCACAGCCCAGGCUGCCGAGAAAGCUGCUUCUGGCAUGAAAGACUUGGCUCAAAAGAGUUUCCGCCUUUUGAUGGACAUCAACUUGAAAGCCCCGGUUAUUAUCAUUGCUCAGUCUUCAACAUCACCUAAUGCUGUGGUAGCUGACCUGGGCUUCAUCAGGGUCGAAAAUAAAUUUAGCUCGGUCUCUGUGGAAAGUUCUUCACUUCCCCCAGUCCUAGAUAAAAUGAGCGUACAGCUCACUCAGUUGAAGCUGUCCAGAACUGUUUUGCAGGCUGACUCGACACAAUAUGACAUUGAAAUUUUAAAACCAGUCAACAUGCUUUUGUGCAUACAACGGAAUUUAGCAGCAUCAUGGUAUGUGCAAAUUCCAGGGAUGGAGAUAAAAGGAAAACUAAAACCUAUGCAGAUUGCUCUCAGUGAGGAUGACUUAGCAGUUUUAAUGAAAAUUUUGCUGGAGAAUCUUGGAGAAGCUUCUUCACAGCCAAGCCCUACACAAUCUACUCAGGAGGUUCUAAGAGUGAGAAAAGAUGUUCCAAGCGGAUCUGACCUCCUCAAAGAACAAGAUUUGACACACUCAAAGAUGCCUGUGGAACACAGCGUCACUCUGCAAUUUGACUUUCACUUUGAAUCCCUUUCCAUCAUCCUUUAUAAUAAUGAUAUCAGCCAGGGUUCCACGCUUUCGUUCCAUAAUGACCGUUUACGGAUUGGUGAACUCAGACUACAUCUUAUGGCCUCAGCAGGACAAAUGUUUAAAGAUGGUUCAAUGAACAUCAGCCUUAAACUUAAGACAUGCACUCUUGAUGAUCUCAGAGAAGGCAUUGAGAGAGCAACAUCAAGAAUGAUUGACAAGAAGAAUGACCAAGAUAACAACAGUAUGAUUGAUGUAGGCUACAAACAGGACAAAAAUGGAAGUCAAAUUGAUGCUGUUCUCAACAAGCUGUAUGUGUGUGCCAGUGUGGAGUUUCUGAUGACGGUGGCAGAAUUCUUCAUCAGAGCCUUGCCCCAGAGUCCAGAAAAUAUGGCAAAAGAAACCCAGAUUUCACUAAGACAGACUGGUCCAGCAAGAAUCAAAUCAGAGAAAGGUUAACAAUUUAUUUUUCUAGAUAACAACUUCCGUAU